AUUAUUCGAAAACAUUAUUAACAUUGAAAAAUAAAAUGUGUUGUACUAGUAAUAAAUAAAAUUCGCAAGAUUUGGCUUUUAGAAAAUAUCGCGAAAGUAAGUAAUGAAAUUAAUUAAAGUGUGAAAUGCGGAUAUCUUCCAAGUUUUUUUACUCUAAAUGGCAGAUGUGUGCAAAGGUUAAAUAGAAAUAUGGAAUAAAUAUGCGAACGAAAUUAUAGAGAUAGCUAUUUUACUCUAUUUUUCAUUAAUUAAAUUCAAGAAGUUGCGUUUAUCACAUAAUAAGCGAUUUAAACAAAUGUUUUAAUAUAUUUAAGAUAUUUUAUCAAGCUACUAUUUACAUGUUCGCCUUUAUGGUUGUUAUCUUUGCUGCACAAAUAUUUUGUUUUUAGCUAUAAUUGUGUAUAAUAAAUGUUUUUAUUAUACACAAGUUGUUGGUGCAUGCAUUUCAUGUCCAUAAUUUAUAUUAAAUUUUCCUAAAUUUUUAUAUCCAUUAUACUAAGUUUUUAUAUAUUAAAAUAAAUACUUUAAAUUAGUUUUUAACAAAUUCAAUUAAUAACUUUCCAGCAUCAUAUGCUUUACUUAAAUAUAAUAAUCUACAUAGUGGUGAUAAAGAAAUUAAUCGUAUCUUAAUAAAGAAAUAUCUCGUAUUUUUAAUCACAUGUUUCUCAUCAUUAUGUUAUAUAUAAUUCUUUUUCACUUAAUUUCUUACAUUGCGACGUAAUUGAGUCUACAAUGUUUGAUUUUGCUACAUCUGUAUCAUCAAAAUACAGGAUACCAACGUCAUUGCUUAUUUACUGUAACAGAUACCAUCUGUUCGCCGAGGUCGAACAUAGAUAUGAAUGCAAUAUAAAAAGGAAGUGAAAAUUGUCAGUUUCACUUCCAGUUUCGACUCGGCUUGCAUUGACCAUCAAGCAUGUUGCCCUUAACCGUCUUCUUGGUGCUCGGCGUUCUCGCGCAGCAGACGUUCGCUGACGAACCGGAAGCGAUCGUCGGCGGUCAGCGCGCUGCCCCGGGUGAAUUCCCGUGGCAGUGCUCCUUGAAUGUGAAUGGCCAACACAUCUGCGGCUGUUCCAUCAUUGGUCCUAACAAGAUUCUGACUGCGGCCCACUGCUUGGAUGGUAUCGUUAGACCACCCUACAGCAAUCUUCGCGUCCUUACUGGAAACAUUAACAUCAACCAAGGAAGUUCUCAUGGUGUGAGAAGCGCACGCAUACAUCCCAACUACAUCCCGACCGCAUCGGCAUCCUGGGUGAACGACAUUGCUGUCAUCACUCUUCAAGGAUCAAUCCAAUACAAUCAGUACCAAAGUCCUAUUCCUCUGUGUAAUUCUGCGCCAGUACCUGGUACGCGAUGUACUCUGUCUGGAUGGGGAUUGACUUCUGCGAACGGACGAGCUUCUUCAGUCCUUCUCAAGAUGGAUCAAGCCCUCGUUUCCACCGAUGUUUGCCAGCGGAGGAUCGGAGCUAGACUUACCCAGAGUCAUUUGUGCGCGUUCAACCAACGUGGAAUCGGUGCUUGCCAGGGUGACAGCGGCGGCCCACUCGUAUGCAACGGCAUGCAAUACGGUAUUACUUCUUUCGUCCUUCCUUGCGCUCUCGGGGAACCUGAUGCUUAUACCAGCGUCUACCAUCAUCUCAACUUUAUUAAUUCAUCUUAAGCAAACACAUCUUGGCACGAUAUAAAUUGGCAUAAAUAUACUUUCGAUGUACCACCUAAAUUAUUAUUAACGCAUCGUCGGAAUGCGUCUGUCGUGGGAUAGUACACGACAAUGUGUUUUCGUCGAUUGCGCUUGUGAAGUAAACAAAAUUGUGUUCUUAAUGUUCUAAUAAAUCAUUAAUACUUAAAUCUA